UAGUUGCCUGAAGCCACAUUCUCAGCCGCACUCUCAGCUGAACCGCCACAUUCGAUGAAUGAACUUGCAGUUCGAAAAAGGUUGCCGCUCUCGAACAGUCAGCACUAUCAAGAUAGACACCAAAUUCCUCCAGUCAGGUGUGGCCAGUAGCUAGCGCAGCGCACCUAACCACACCGUCUGCAUAAGCCUCAACAAGAUCUCCGCCCUACCAUCUAGAUAUAAAGCCAUAAACUGCCUGUCAGCACGCUAGUCUGUCGUAACAUCCACACCUCUUCUUUCAACACCUGUAAAGCAUCGCAGCCCCUCCGCCAACCAUGCCACCCCCCAAACCAACCAUCCUCUUCGUCGCCGGCGCCUUUAGCAACUUCGACGCCUUUAGCAACUUCGACGCCUACACCUCCACCGCCUCCCUCCUCACGCAGGCAGGCUACGACGUCAUCCCCGUCACGCUGCCCUCCGUCGGCGCCAACCCGCCCCACGCGGACUUCAGCGGCGAGGUCUCCGUGAUCCAGGACGCUGCCAUGGCGCCUAUCAGCGCGGGCAAAGCCGUCGUCGUGGUCGUGCACUCCUGGGCCGGCGUGCCCGGGUCCGAGGCGAUGAAAGGCCUCGGUAAGAUCGAGCGGGAAGCGUACGGGCUGCAGGGAGGGGUGGUGUGGUUGGUGUAUCUGGCGGCUGUGGUGCUGGAGGUUGGGCUGAACGGGCAGAGCGCUGUGGGAGGCGAGCCGUAUCCGUGGAUGCGGCUGGAGUCCGACAACCGCGUCUAUGUCAGAGACCCCGAGACGCUUUUUUUCGACGAUUUAGACCCGGAGACUCGAAAGGCUAUGGCGGAGAAGUUGGAGAGCCACUCCUGGGGCCCGAUGGUCUCGGACGCGACACAUGCGGCGUGGCGCUCGAUUCCGUCGACGUACCUGAUCUGCGAGAAGGAUAAUUGUAUUCCGGCGUUUGUGCAGGAGCUGAUGACGAAUACCCCGGGGAGCCUGUUUGACGUGGAGAGGUGCGCGGCGGGGCAUUUCCCGACGCUGAGUAUGCCGAAGUUCACGGCGGAUGUGAUUAGGAAGGCUGCGGGUAAGGUGGUUUGAGCUGUGAAUGGUUUGAGGAGAACGGCCGGCUUCUUCGAGCUGGCGGGUGGGGUUGGCUUUUGGUUUAGUUGGAGAAUGCGAGGGUUAACAUGAUGGGUUUUUUGCGUGUGGCUGGUAGGCGUUGAAGUCAAAGUUGAGUCGCUUCUGUUUGUACAUUCUCUUGCGC